AUGAAACUCAAGACCUUGGGCACUAGUGCUGUGAUUCCAGCCGUCGUUCUUACCUCUGCAGCACCCCCGGGUUUCCCUGCGACUGGAAAUGGACUCUGGUAUAACACCCCUGCAGAUUUCUGGUCGAAGUCAUAUCUACCAGUUGGCAAUGGUUACUUGGCAGCUAUGUCUCCUGGGGGAAUGUCUGUCGAAACAACUCAGCUGAACAUUGAGUCAUUAUGGAGUGGAGGUCCGUUCCAAGAUCCGACUUAUAACGGCGGAAAUAUGCAACCAUCCGGAGCCUCAGCUGCUCAUGUAGCCAUGGAGUCAAUCCGCGCCAGCAUCUUUGCCAAUUCGACGGGAGAGAUAGACAAUAUCGAGGUUUUGACUACGGACGCUGGUGCUUAUGGUUCCUACGUUGGAGCUGGUUAUAUCAUAUCUUCAAUCAAUGUAUCUGGCCCUGUGACUGACUUUGCGCGCUGGCUGGACUUGGACGAAGGCGUCGCACGAUCUACAUGGACACAGUCCAAUCAAACUUUCAUCAGAGAAACAUUCUGCUCUCACCCUUCUGAAGCCUGCAUCCACCACAUCAAUUCCACCUCCAAUGCCACUUUACCGAAUAUCACUUAUGCAUGGGCUCUGUUGGAUUCCGGGCUGCCGACACCGAACAUAACCUGUCUUGACUCCAGCACUUUACAAAUACGCGGUCUUGCUGGCGAGCCUGGUAUGCUUUAUGAGAUACUCGGACAAGUUCAUUCAACCUCCGGAUCUGUCUCUUGUAUCUCGCUAAGUCCCACGAAUUCCACCGUCACCGUUGGGGGUGCCGUCGAAACAUGGAUAUCUUGGGUAGGGGGGACUGAAUACUCCAUGGACGCUGGUAACGCCGAGAACAACUUUUCUUUCAAAGGUGUCGAUCCGCACGCGGCUUUGACUUCUCUCCUUAGUUCGGCUACGACAAGUUCAUAUUCGGAUACUCUUACCACCCAUAUCGCUGACAUCAAUAGCACUCUCUAUGGUCAAUUUUCGCUGUCACUAGGCCAAACACCGCAACUCGAUCUUCCGACUGACCAGAUUCGUGCGGCGUAUCAGGUCGAUGAAGGGAAUUCCUAUUUAGAAUGGGUCGCAUUCAAUUUGGGACGUUACAUGCUUGCGAGCAGUGCUAGGGGCACCUUACCCGCGAACUUGCAGGGUAAAUGGGCUAAGGAUGUUAAUAGUCCUUGGGGAGCUGGCAAUUAUCAUUCAAACAUUAACAUUCAAAUGAACUAUUGGAGCGCUGAAAUGAGCAACCUCAACGUCGCGGGAUCGUUGUUCGAUUACAUAGAGAAAACCUGGGCUCCCAGAGGCGCUACUACAGCGCAGAUAUUAUACAAUAUUUCUCGGGGCUGGGUUACGCAUGACGAAAUCUUCGGGCAUACAGGCAUGAAAGGAGGCGGGAAUACAGCUCAAUGGGCGGAUUAUCCUGAAUCUGCGGUUUGGAUGAUGCUCCACGUUUGGGAUCGAUUCGACUACUCAAACGAUGUCGACUGGUGGAUUGCUCAAGGAUGGCCGCUUCUCAAGAGUGUAGCGUCUUUCCAUCUGGAUAAACUCAUCCCGGAUGAGCAUUUCAACGACGGAACGCUCGUGGUGGCGCCGUGUAAUUCUCCUGAGCAGGUUCCUAUCACUUUGGCCUGUGCUCAUGCCCAGCAACUAAUAUGGCAAUUGUUCAACGCCGUGGAGAAGGGUUUCAACGCUUCUGGAGAUACUGACACUGCGUUCCUUGAAGAGGUUCAGACUAAACGUGCUCAAAUGGAUAAAGGUAUCCGUAUCGGCUGGUGGGAAUGGAAAGUCGACCUUGACUCGCCAACGGACACACAUCGUCAUCUAUCUCAUUUAAUCGGACUAUACCCAGGGUACGCCAUCACCUCGUACAGCUCUGACCUACAAGGUGGAGUUUUAGUCAAUGGCACAAAUAUCACGUAUACCAAGGACCAGGUGAUAGCUGCUGCGACGACGAGUUUGAUCCAUCGCGGAAACGGGACGGGGCCAGACGCAGAUGCUGGGUGGGAAAAAGCGUGGAGAGCGGCGUGUUGGGCACAGUUGGGAAACGCGGAAGAGUUUUAUCAUGAGUUGACUUAUACGAUUUAUGAAGACUUUGGACCGAACCUGUUUAGCUUGUAUGAUCCAGGAGAUAUCGACCCGAUUUUCCAGAUCGAUUCAAACCUUGGGUUUCCUGGUGCUCUUCUCAACGCGCUUCUACAAGCCCCCGACGUCGCAUCGCUCGACACCCCACUAACCAUCACUCUCCUUCCCGCCCUUCCCCCUUCGUGGCCUUCAGGACAUCUCAGGGGCGCGCGUACAAGGGGAGGAAUAACAGUGGAUACAUUAGAAUGGGACGAUCAAGGCGAACCGACGGUGGUGGUGUUUUCCGUGGAUCCUAAUCCGAUAUCACCAAAGAGAAAUGUGGAGGUGGUGUACAAUGGGGAGAGAGUUGGGUCGUUUGUGAUGGAUGGGGGUGCGAGGAUACAGAUUGAACAGUUUUAA